CGGCGCUGCAGCCAUUUCCGGUUUCGGGGAGGUGGGUGCGGUGUGGAGCGGGAGUUGGCGCCGCAGCCGCCUCCAGAGGCUGCCGUGCUACCGGGUGCUGCCGGGACGAUGCGGCCGGAGCCUGGCGGCUGCUGCUGCCGCCGCCCGCUGCGGGCGAACGGCUGCGUGAAGAACGGGGAGGUGAGGAACGGGUACGUGAAGAGCAGCACCGCCACUGCCGCGGCUGCCAGCCAGAUUCAUCAUGUUACAGAAAAUGGAGGACUUUAUAAAAGACCGUUUAAUGAAGUUUUUGAAGAAACACCCAUGCUGGUUGCUGUGCUCACAUAUGUGGGGUAUGGCGUGCUCACUCUCUUUGGAUAUCUUCGAGAUUUCUUGAGGCACUGGAGAAUUGAAAAAUGCCACCAUGCAACAGAAAGAGAAGAACAAAAGGACUUUGUGUCAUUGUAUCAGGAUUUUGAAAACUUCUAUACAAGAAACCUCUACAUGAGGAUAAGAGACAACUGGAACCGACCUAUUUGUAGUGUGCCUGGAGCCAGGGUGGACAUCAUGGAGAGACAGUCCCAUGACUACAACUGGUCGUUCAAGUACACAGGGAAUAUAAUUAAAGGUGUUAUAAACAUGGGUUCCUACAACUAUCUUGGAUUUGCGAGAAACACUGGAUCAUGUCAGGAAGCAGCUGCUGAAGUUCUCAAGGAGUAUGGAGCUGGAGUGUGCAGCACUCGCCAAGAGAUUGGAAACCUGGACAAGCAUGAAGAACUAGAGAAACUGGUAGCAAGGUUCUUGGGCGUGGAAGCUGCUAUGACCUAUGGCAUGGGAUUUGCCACAAAUUCAAUGAACAUUCCUGCUCUUGUUGGCAAAGGUUGUCUGAUUCUGAGUGAUGAACUGAACCAUGCAUCACUGGUUCUAGGAGCCAGGCUGUCGGGAGCAACCAUUCGAAUCUUCAAACACAACAAUAUGCAAAGCUUGGAGAAGCUUUUGAAAGAUGCCAUUGUUUAUGGUCAGCCUCGGACAAGAAGGCCCUGGAAGAAAAUCCUAAUCCUGGUGGAAGGCAUAUAUAGCAUGGAAGGGUCUAUUGUUCGCCUUCCUGAAGUGAUUGCUCUCAAGAAGAAGUACAAGGCGUACUUGUAUCUGGAUGAGGCACACAGCAUUGGGGCCCUUGGGCCUUCAGGGCGAGGUGUGGUAGACUACUUUGGCCUGGAUCCCGAGGAUGUAGAUGUUAUGAUGGGAACAUUCACAAAGAGCUUCGGUGCUUCUGGAGGAUACAUUGGAGGCAAGAAGGCACUGAUAGACUACCUGCGUACACAUUCUCACAGUGCUGUGUAUGCCACGUCGAUGUCACCACCUGUGAUGGAGCAGAUCAUCACCUCUAUGAAGUGUAUUAUGGGGCAGGAUGGCACCAGCCUUGGCAAAGAAUGUGUACAACAGUUGGCUGAGAACACCAGGUAUUUCAGGAGACGCCUGAAAGAAAUGGGAUUCAUCAUCUAUGGCAAUGAAGACUCCCCGGUGGUGCCUUUGAUGCUCUACAUGCCGGCCAAAAUUGGUGCCUUUGGGCGGGAGAUGCUGAAGCGGAACAUUGGUGUAGUUGUGGUGGGAUUUCCUGCUACCCCAAUCAUUGAGUCCAGAGCCAGAUUUUGCCUGUCAGCAGCUCAUACCAAAGAAAUACUUGAUACGGCUUUAAAGGAGAUAGAUGAAGUCGGGGACCUGCUGCAGCUGAAGUACUCACGACGUCGGUUGGUGCCUCUGUUGGACAGGCCCUUUGAUGAGACGACCUAUGAGGAGACAGAAGACUGAGCCUUUUUGGUGCUCCCUAGAGGGGGAAACUCCCUCCCAGGACAGCGUGUGGCCUUUCUGAGCCAGUUCCAGGAACCACACUUCAGUGACCACCUCAUGUGAAAGACAUUUCUGAAACUACUGAAGGUGGCCACCUCCACUCCAAAUGGCAUUUUGUAAAUAGUAAAAAAACAAACUGCUUCACAUUCUUCCUUUGUUUGCUAAGUCUCACCUUUAUAUACAUAUAAAUGAUUACUUUGCCCAUUAAAAAAUGUUUUAUUUUAUAACUAUUCUACUUGUGAAAUCACACUGACCCUUGCCUAUGCCUUACCGCACAGGCAUUCCCCACUCCAGCCACCUCACGGACUUGGAUCCAUCAAGACUUACUCUGGCCCUGGCUCUCCAGCCUUUGAGACUCACUGGCCCUCUCCCUAGGGAGCAAGUGCCUUCUGCUGACUUCCGUCCAGGUCUCAGAAGUCGCCCCCCUGGUAACCCUUAUUUAACCAGUCAAGUUAAUCAACCAAAGCAUCUGUCUUUAGUCUUCAAUGUUAACAAUGCCAAGAAGUUUAUUAUGUGACCCCCCCCACACACACAAAGUCUCCCUAAUCUGUUCUUACUCUGUUGUGGUGGUGGUGGUGGUCACCAGAUAGUUUAUUCAUUAGUACUUAUUUCUUCAUAUGGUCACAGACUGAAGAUGUAUCCAGAGUUUGGGUUCUUCCCCAGAUCUAACCCUAAUGCUUCCCACCUCCAAAGUUACGACAGCCUCUGCCUGGUUCUGGGUCCAGAGUAGGAUUUGGCAUGGUAAAGGAAAGUGUUGGUCAGUCCUUCACCCGUUCCGCCUCAUCGUCAGUGGUGUAAGUUUUCCUUGUAGAUGCUGACCCACUUGAACAGUGCUCUUCCAAAUGCCGGUUCUUCUACUCUUGACAUCCUAAGACGACCCUAACCCAGCAUCUAGGGCUGGCUUCUCUUGAGCUUCUGUUGUGUAUUUUUUUCUUUGAGGAAUUUCUGAUCAAAUACCUCUUUCCUAAACUGGAACAGCUUCUGUUUUUCUGUCACUACCAGGUCAGGGACUUCAUCCAGAGCUUUGUGCUGCUUGACCAAAGAACACAUCUGAAGAACACCAUUUGGAGUUAGUACUUUUUUCUUUCAACCAAAGCAUAGUGGAAGAGAACUUUUGUCUCUAUUGUACUGAAGAUGAAUUUGUCUUUUAGUAGUGAUCAAGUCUAUCACUUGAUUGAGAACAGAAUGAAAAGAACUGUAUAAAAGUAUAUUCUAUAUGUCAUUCUUUAAAAUUACUGUUUUUGUUGGUAAAGAUGCCCCACCCAGAUUCUCCUGGGACCUUCUUGUCUGCUGCAGUACAUGGAAGAGAAAGCAGAAGCCUUGCUGUUGGUGAAGCUGUGCUCUCAUGCCCUCUUGAGAUCUGUGAGCUUCCAGCCCAGGAGAUAGUCUAAGGUUGUAUGAGGCUUUCUUAAAGAAUAGAUAUGGAGCUUGGUGAUGGCAUCACACGCCUUAGUCCCAGCACUCGGGAGGCAGAGGCUGGUGGAUCUCUGUGAGUUCGAGGCCAGGCUGGUCUACAGAGUGAGUUCGAGGCCAGCCAGAGCUGUUACACAGAGAAACCCUGUCUCAACUCACCCAUCCCCCCAAAAAAGGAAUAGAAAUGGUUGAAUAAGCUGGGCAUGGUAGCCUGUGCCUUUAAUCUUAGCACUUGGGAGGCAGAAACAAGCAUAUCUCUGAGCUUGAGGACAGCCAGGGCUGCAUAGUGAAACCUGUCUCAAAAAAAAAAAAAGAAAAAGCAAAUGGUAAAUAAAAGAACCAUAGAAAGAGACAACAACUACAUUUAUAAAAAAGAUUUUGUAACGAAGUCUUGUAAAGCUCAAAACAUCUUGCUCACAUUCCCCCUGUGGAAUCCCACUGGAAUACCAAGUAUAGUGACUUUAAUGAUGUAGACAUAGGGCUUGUAAAAGUAACGAACUUUAAGCGAUGAGCAUGUCUUUUAGCAAAGUCACUUCAAAUGAAAGUGUUCUUGACAGGCAUUUAAAUUUUUAUGUGUGUAUCACUUGUUUGGUGCAAAGUUUAUUUUGAAGAGAGAAAACUCGUGUGAUCUACCUAUGUACAUUCUAGAGGACAAAGUGGUGUAUGCACAUUAUAUGUGACUGGUUAUUUGUAACUCUGUUAUAGAAAUCUCCUGUCCAGUCGUGUCACAGAUUAUUAUCUAAAUUUGGGGCAAUACAAGGGUAUCUUAGUCCAGCACUUGAGAAUCUUGAAGAGAUUCAAACAUGUAAGUCAGCUGCCACCACCAGACCUGGCUGCUGAUUGGUUUGCAAGGUGCAGCUCAUCGUGGCGCUUUGCAUCCUGCCUUUCCUUACCAUUGUGUGUAAGACCCACUACAGCCAACCAGAAUCAUACGUGAGGGAGAUGGCCCAAGGGGCCAGGGCAGUGAGCAUCUCCCCUCUGCAGUAUCCCUGUUUAAGGGAUCCAGCCCUCUUCAGUUCCUCAUGCUCUUCAACUCUUCUGGUCUAGGCAAAGUUUCCGCCCCACGCGCUCGCUCGCGCUCUCUCUCUCUCUCUCUCUCUCUCUCUCUCUCUCUCUCUCUCUCUCUCGUUGGCUGGUCCUUCGCUCGCCCUCUGUGUCUUCUGCUUCAGAGAGGACUGACGUGUGCUGCAGGGUGUGGGGAGCUGCAGUGUAGACAGCCUGCCCCUUGCAUGCACAGCCAUGCACCUCAGUGAUCCGCAGGGGACUUUUUCUAUCUUUACUAGUUGAGGGCAUCCACAUCUGAGUGUCCAUGACCGGCAGGGUGUGGCUGGAUUACCUGGUAUGUAAUACACCCUGCAAAAAGUGGGUGGAAUGAACAACUGACUUAGAUCUUUUGACUUUUUGGACAAAGUAUCUAUUACCAACUCCAUUUUUUCCAAAUUGAUGAAUCUGCCUAAUGGUUUGUAGUAUUUUUGACAAAACGCCAUAGAAAAUAACAGCCAGUCUCCUGUGUAAAUGAUUGCUAUGGGUCAGGUAUGGUGCACAUCUGUAGUCCCAACACUCGGACAGAAGAGGACCCGGUAAAGCUCUGGGGGUGACGGGUGGAUUGAUAUGACUGAGUGCCCGGACGCUGUUCUAGGUAAAAACUACCUGGGUGUUCCUGUCAUUUUGCUUCAAGGUGGGGUUAGAAGAGGGAGAAUGGUGUUCUUUCUUUCUGACAGCCCUGUGCCUGUGAUGAUCAGGAACUGUGGAGUACUUCCCACAGGUAAAAUCACCUUAACCUGGGGCUAUGAAGAGAGAGGUUCAUAAAAAAUGAGGAUUCUGCUUGGCGGUUUAUCAGAGAAUCUUUAGCCCCCAUCCCACUCACCACCAAGUUCCAGAACCUAUGGAUGAGCCGUUACCUGUAAGCUCCGUGCCCAGCAGGCAUCUUAAUCCAUUAAGCCGGUCAAUCAAAAUACCUUCCACGUGAAGAAAACCAUGUCCUUCCUUCCCUCCUUCUUAUCCACAUGAAAUGUGUGCUUGGGCUCGUAGCCAGCUGCUGUGUCCAGCCAGACAGCCAGCUCAGAGACAUGCUAAGGCCUUCCACUGAUCCCUUCCCUUGCCUUGCCUGUAAAAUGGGAGUUAUCGGUGACUUGUGUUUUCCAAACGGCUUUUUGCUGUAGAGUGAAGUGUUGCUAGGAAGGAAACACGAGGAGCCAAUUUAAGCCCUUAAUGAAAAUGGCCUUUUUCAUCUUGGCUGAGUCUGGAGGCUCUACGUUCACAGUUCGCCCUUGGGAGCAGCGUGGGGGUUGGGGAGACGUGGGCAAGAUUUCGUUCACUAUGAUGUGGCCUUGCAUUGUCACUGUAGUUGGUGCACACGGAAGGACGCGAGGCUCUCACCCUGCGGUCACUGUUUUUAAUGAAGCAAUACCUAGCGCUCUGUUUUUGGAGCAGUCGAGGUAGGUGGAAUGGAAGGUGCCUGCAAGAAUGGCACCCCCACGUGCUGCUGCUCUCCCCGGGUCAACUCUAAGUCUAGCACAGGUCCCAGGUUUCCUGUACAGAUCCUGACUGGCGUAGGCCUUUCAAAGGAGUGGCGGUUGCACCACCAAGUGAGGCAGAGUAGUGACUUACCUUCCCCCUUAUCCUUGUACCUCAGGAUUGGUUUAGCCAGUAGCUGGAACUGAGAGCUUCCUUAUUGGGUCUUUCUCCACAGGACAUAGAAGCCUUUUGUGUGAGCUUAGCCUGCAUGCCCAUAGUCUUGAUGAUCCCUCUCUGUACAAAGGCAGCUAGCAGUAAGGGAUGGGGGAGAGGGAGGAGAGCAGGUGUGAGAGCUGAAUUAGGGUGGUCCUGUUGAUCCAUGCCUUCCCACUGACCAAGUUACUGUAAGCUGGAGUCUGCAGGUGUCCUGUGACCUAACCCUUUCCAUUGCUGCAAUGUUCUUACCAUCUGGGAAUGUGGGGUUCAUUUGAAUUUUAGUAACGUCUUACAAAUGUCACUCGCCCAUAGCCUUCUUGCCAGAUCAUGAUAUUUUUUAAAAUUUGAUAUUGUAUCGGAUGACUGUGAAGCUAUACAUAGUAGGUUGUAGAGGGUAUCCGUUUUCAGAGUACAUGUUAAGAAUUAAAGGGGACCUACUUGAGAUGAAUCAUCCCACAAAUAUUGUUUUGCCCUAAUAAAAUAUUCAGAAAUAGA